AUGUCUUCCUCCGCGAUCGUCGACCUCUGCGCCCAGCUCCGGCUACUGCUUGAAAGGUCUCCGGAUGCGAUAUCUCUCGCCGACCUACUGGAACGAGUGGAUAGCUUCAUCAUCGAAUGUGCCAACGCGGCCGAGUCCCGCACUCUCCUCGAUCAACUUGAAGACGAGCUUCAGGUGAUAUACGACGACCUCCUCGGACACUCACUCUUGCCGCAUGCAGAAACCUUCCUUUCAUUCCUAUACCAUCUACGCCCAGUUCUACCUUCCAAAUCCGUCAUUUCUAUAUGGUUCGAUCUGGUCAUCCGACCAGCCCUGCGGGAACCCAAGUUCAACUUUUCCGACUCCGCGGAUCCUGCGGAAGCUGAGAAGCAAAAGGAACGGAUGGGUGAGUUCCGCAGGCGACUUGUGGAUCUCUACUUGCUCGAUGCCUACAACGAGAGCUCGGGAGACGAUGUACUGGAGUGGGCAGAACUGGAACAGGGACAACGAGAGCAGAAGGCGUGUUGGAAGUCAAACUUGGAAGACGUACUCGUUGGGAUCGGCUUAGCACGCCCGCAAGAUUUCCUCACCGCCAUCUACCACUGCUUCAGUGCGCCAGACAUGCGACUGCAGCUGCUCCUACUCCUGAAUGCAUACACCUCUCAGUCCGCAUUUCAAGACCAUGCACCAGAGCUGGCGCGACAUCCCCUCAUGACCAGCCUGAUCUACACCCUCAUGUUCGAUGACUCCUCGACGGUCUGCACUAGUGCCCUGACCAUCAUGAUCAAACUUCUCCCUAUCAUGGCGGUCAAGGCCUGCGAGGACCUCAAGCGACUGCUCCCACAACUACUCCUUGUCUUAGCCCGCGUCCUAUGCUGGAAAGAGCGCCAACCUUCCUCUGAUGCAGUAGCAGUAGCAGAUGAUUCUGAAGCCUACUCUUCAUCACCCCUUCAAAUCCGCGAGGACAUCGAAUGGGCGCGAUUGAAGCUGACGUUCGACGCGACCGAGUCCAAGGCACCCCUCCCUGACCGCUACUUCACGUUCCUGUACUAUCUAUUCCCUUGCAAUACGAUUCGAUUCCUACGAUAUCCGGUGCGAUAUUUGGACGAGAACUCGGCGGAAAGCAUGUUCACAGUCGGAUGGGAAGACGCACUUGAUGAGCAAAAAGUCCGGAGCAUAAGUGAGCGAUUGCUCCGAAUGCACAUCCUUCAUCCCCUGCUCAUCAAGCGCGAAGCUCACGAGGAACUCGAGCAGCCGGACUUCUGGGCCCAGUACGACAUCCCACGGGUCCUCAUUCCGCCUGAGGACCCAUCCCCUCCACAGGAACCGAACAACGCGGGUUUCACGGACCUCGCGGACAAUGCGCUCACCUCGUCUUCGUUCGAGACGACCGACACAGUUCACUCCGCCGGCAUGCCGUCCCACCCCGCGCCUGGAGGUCCGCUCAGAGUCUCGCUUUCGGACAUGGUCGCCACCUCCGUUGCGCUGCGCUCUGGACUCGACGUCGAGAUCGUCGACGUACCAAGCUCUUGGGCGGCCACACUCUUCCCUCAACCCGGUACCCGGUCACCCUCGCGUUCCACUCGCCCGGAUAGGGAGGGCUCCCAAGCUGACGACGAGUCCGCAUCGGACGCGCUUGGGCUCCAAGACCGCGAGCAGUAUGGGGACGGUACUUUGCCGCCUCAUGUCGCACAGGCCCUCUCGGCGCUGCAGCGGGAAGUGCUGCUCCUGAAGAACGACCUAAAUUUGGAGCUGUGGACCGCGCGGGAGAACGUAAAACACAUCGGGCGGUUGUACAAGGAACGGGUACUCUCACGGAACGAGGAAGACGAGCGCCAAAGCUUGGCGGGAGCUCAAGGAAGAAAAGGACAAGCUGCUGCUCAACGGGCGCGGUAUACCGACUGGAACAAGGAGUUACAAGACCGGUUGACGACCCUGCGGAACGAAAAGAAGACGUGGACGAGCGAAGCUGCGGCAAUGCGUGCUGCGGAGAAGGAAGCUAAGCCCAAGGUCGACAGGUUGCACGAUUACGAGACGCAGAUCGAUCAGCUUAUGCGGCUGCAGCGUCUGUGGGAGUCUGACGUACAGAAGCUCAACAAUACCAAGGAUCAUCUCGAAGCCUUUGCGAGUCGCUACCGGAAAAUGGAACUCAGGCUCGAGGCACACGAGCGAGUCGAGAGGGAUAUGCAACAACAUGUAGCGAACCAAACCCAAGAGAUCAUGGUGCUCAAGCACGAUAUUGAGAGCCACAAGAAGCAGCUCGAAAGAUCUCGACGGGGCUCGGUGAUGCAGCGACAGAUGCAGCCCUCGGCGGAGUGGCGGCGGACGCUGGAGAUGAACGAAAAGCUGAGGAACGAAAAUGAAGAGCUGCACGAAGAGAUACAGGAGGUGAAGGCCAUGGUGGAGGUGCUGAAGCAGCAGGUCGCCGGGCGGACGGGGCUUGUACAGGUGGGAUCACCGUCGUCGUCGCCGCACGACCGGUCGGGGCCAAGUUUUGUGUAG